AUACAGCAGAGCCUAAUCUUCGUUUUGGCUGGACGCAAUUCGUCCAGCUUCAUAAAAUUUCAUCCCACUCGCACUCCCGCCAGUCGUUAUUCCGACGUAAGCUACAAGUCUUUUUUCAACUAACAUACGGAUGAAAAUAAUCGGUGGAAGCCAUAAUUAGCACCCUCGUCCCACCAUGGGGUUCUUGGUCGAGUCGACCCCUUUGAUAUUGUGAGGAAAAAUCCCCCCUCCCCAUAUCGAAAGCGAGAUUUGUGUUGCUGUAUUUGAGUACACAAAUCGCGUCUGUCUUGCUGGAGAGGACUGCAGACCCAUAUCAAGCCUGAGUAGAGAGGCUUUGACUUAGGCGCUUAGCAUGAAAAGCGUCCGUGAUGUUGGCUCAACAGCAUGACAAACCGCCUGCACAAUGCUGCGUAGCUUGUCGAGUUGCCUUCUUGCAAGACAGACGUGAUUUGAGGUCGCAAAUCAGCAGCGCAAAUUUCCGGAAGCAUACCUUUUCGAUAUGGGGAGGGGGGAUUUUUCCUCGUAAUAUUUGAGUUGGGAGCAGGCGCUCCCGAAGCUCAAGUACGUUCGGGACCACGGGAUCGAGCAGUUUAUCAACGUGUUUUUCGAAGCGAAGGGCAUCAAGGGGGAUCUGCUCAAGUACGGCGACGAGGUGGAGUACCAGCUGGUCAAGUUGGAUGGGCACGAGAGCGAUCCGAAGAGAAGACCGAAGAUCUCACUGCGGUCGCCGGAAGUGGUAAGAGAGAUUUGAUACCGAUAAAGUGCGAGAAUAGGUGGACAACUGGGGGCUGAGUGGCCCAACAUUUUUGCAUAUACAGAUUGAUACGAGUCUUGUUCUACUUCACUCCGCUGGGCAAAUCGACAAUAUCUCGUUUCAACAAAUUUUUGUCAGGUCCAAUGCCUCCAUCUCAUCGAGGCGCAUGGGCGAAGCCACGGCCUUUCGGAAGCGGACAUGUGCGCGUGGAUGCCGGAAUAUGGCAGAUGGAUGCUCGAAGGCACCCCCGGAAAGCCGUUCGAAGGCAUCACUGCGCUGACGAAGGUAUACUGCUUCAAAACGAAUUUUAUUGACGGGAUUCACUUUCACAUGAUAAAAAAACCUAGCACCAUGCUUCUUAAAGUUUGUUUCCAAAAUCGCAUAUACAAACAAAUCUCAGUAGUUGCGUAAAUGAAAUUCUACACCAGGUCGAAGACAACAUGCGUCUCCGUCGCAGCCGCCUGCUGGCGCACCUCCUGCCGGACGAAAUCUCCCCCACACUCGCCUGCUUUCCCCUCCUCGGGGUCGGCGAGUUUUGGCACUGCCCCGACCCAGUGGAGGUUUUGACCACCGGCGGACCGGUCGCGAGGUCGAAGUACGUCCCCGACGAGGUGACGUUUCCGCAUCAGAGGUUCAAGACCCUCACGCAAAACAUCCGGGAGCGACGGGGGGAACGUGUGCGGAUCGAACGUCCGAAGUUUGUGGACGAGAAGACCGACCUGAGCCGGCCGAAGAUCGACGCGGACGCCAUGUGCUUCGGCAUGGGCUGCUCCGCGCUGCAGGUGACCUUUCAAGCCGCGAAUUUGGGCGAGAGUAGACAUCUGUACGACCACUUGGCGGUCUUAACCCCGAUCAUGAUGGCGUUGACCGCCGCAACCCCGUACCUCCGCGGGUGGCUGCAGGCCGAGGAUGUCCGGUGGAGCAUCGUUGCGGAAUCGGUCGACGACCGGACGGCGGCGGAGCGCGGAGUGGAGCAGAAUUCCAUCGGCGACCCGCGACUCGCGGGGAACGGCGUGAAAAGGCUGCGGAAAGCGCGGUACGGGGGCAUCGACUGCUACAUUUCGCCCUACACCGGCACAUAUGAACAAGCAGCGACGGAAAUGGCGGAAGCGCACAAUGAUUUUCCCAUGCAGUUCGAACAGCACCACUUCGACCGGCUGGCGUUGGCGGGAAUAGACACGGUGUUGGCGAGACACGUGGCCCAUUUGUUUUGCCGCGAUCCGCUGGUGAUUUUCGAGGACCGAAUCCAGUUAAACGACCGCGCGGACGUGGACCACUGGGAAAACAUCCAGAGCACAAACUGGCAGUCGGUAUAGGAAAAAGUAGCUCCGCCUCCGAUUUUUUUUUGGUCGUGAUUCUUGCGCAAAGCCGCAUCGUCACUUUGCAUUGAUUUUAGUAGCAAAUAACCCUGUCCCUGUGAGUGUGAAGAUUUGUAGCUUUUGUGCGACGUCGUGAUCAUCCCGAUAAACUUACUCUCAAUACUAUCUACAGGUCCGCUGGAAGCCUCCGCACCCGGAACGCGGCAAGCUCGACGUUUCCAGUGAGCGGCACAUCGGCUGGCGGGUGGAAUUUCGCUCGAUGGAGCUGCAGAUGACGGAUUUCGAAAACGCGGCCUUCACCGUGUUUGUCGUGUUAAUCUCCCGAGUGUUGCUCACGCUGGAAUUGAACCUCUACGUGCCGAUCAGUAAGUUGGAGGAGAACAUGCGGACCGCCCACAAGAUGAACGCGGUCACCGAGGCGGAGUUCUGGUUCCGGAAGAAUUUGCUUCCCAACAGCCUGGUCCGACAGAUCGACGCGAAGGUGAACAAAAGGGCAAACAACAUUAAAAGCUCUUGCAACAACGAAGUGGGGCAAACCCGGUCCACCUCCCACGGCACCGGCAGCUCGAGCAGUCUCUCGUCGGAGAUCGGAGCGGCGAGCAACACGGCGAAAAACGACAAUGCGGCAAGCACCCGCGCGGCCACGGACAUGAACACGAGCUUUAACCCCAUUUCGGAGGACGACGAAGAAGGAGUGGACCAAAUGUUCCGGGAAAACAUCGACAUUCCUGACGCGGAACUGUACGAGAAGAUGACAAUACGGGAAAUACUCCUCGGCAAGGACUGUGCGGCAAGCAAGGAGUCUGGUGUGAAAUCGUCCAGCUCCUCCCCCAAUCUCUGUGGUGGCCAGGGUCUACCCGGGACAAGCACUUCGAGUUCCGGUUGCCACUUCCCGGGGUUGAUCCCCCUGUGCCGGAUCUAUCUGGACUUCAUCGGCGUGGAUUCGGUCACGGCGCAGAAAAUCAACAAGUACCUGGAUUUCAUCGUCGCAAGAGCGAAAGGGGACCUGCCGACAAACGCGCAGUGGAUCCGCGAGUUCAUCCGAAACCACAAAUCCUACAAGCAGGACUCGCGCGUGCCCCCGGACACCGCGUACGAUCUGCUCAUGAAGGCGAAACGGAUCGGCGAGGGGGAAGAGCAGUGUAAGGAACUGUUGGGGGACUUCUUCGUCGACCGGUGCUACCCCGCGAGCAACCCGUUUGUUUUCGACCAGGCCGCGGACCCGAUCUCGAAGCGGUCGGUCACGAGUAGCAUGCUCGACAAGUUUUUCGCCACCAGCCCCGGGCCGCAGCAGCGGAGUACGAACGUGGGAGAUGGAACUGCAGCAGCUGCAGCAGAACCGCGGGACCACGAAGUCGUGGAGAUCACGAUGGAAACGGAGGUGGAGGAAUUAAGAAACGACUUGCGGCGCGCCAGCCCCGGCGGUCCCAUGUCGCCGACAAUCGGACCGGCGAGCUCCGUUACAACAUCAAACCUCUCUACUUCUACUUCAGGUGGUCCCACCGGCACGCGGAGAUUGAGUCCCGGAGGACCUGGUGCUCCUGCUGCUCCGGACAACUUCGCUCCAUCGGGCAGAACUGUUGAUACGAGCAUUACAUUUGCCUCUCCAGCAACUCUCCCAAAACCCUCUUGCAACGAACCGUGCAGUACUACCAACUUUGUCGAAGCGCGGAAACGGGACAUGCUCGAGGGGUACCUGCAACGGGCGAAAAUCCGAAGAGACCACGCGUUGCGUCACGCUUUAAGAAAGAAAAGAGAAAAGAUGCAGCAGUAUGCGUCGGAAGUGGAGGCGUUGCAGCGCGACAUUCGAACGAGCGAGGGCGUCGCCGCGUCGGCCCUGCCGAAGGGACUAUCCGCGAACAUGCUAGUGGAAGCGAGUACUGACUUUUCCAACCGACAAUCGUACCGCAUCAGCAUGUCGCCGUCCGCGCUGAGCAGAGCCGUGUCGCAAGAGGCACCAAGGGAUCGGCACUGAAAAAAGAUUCUCUGCAACAACUCGCAAAUUUUCACUUCAUCGUGAAAAUAUACGCACUGUUGAUGAUCGCGAAGCUCCCAGCCCAAAUCACUGCAUCAUUUUCUAAGGUUUGAUUACGAUUUUUACCCUAACCCUAAGCUUAGUACCCGCAUCAGUUUCAGGAUCAGUUGCUACAGUCGCUCGCAUGCUCUAACGUCUUGAUCCGUGAGAGGAAGACUUGUGCGACUGCGCGCUGAAUAAUUGUCAUGAUGUGUUUCAACAAUAAUGUGGUAGCAGUCAGGUCUUGAGGUAUGCGUAUUGUGUACGUUCUUGUUUCCUGACCGUGACCCUGUACUUUUAACGUAAUCCCGCUGUGCAGAGUGGUUUUUCUUUUUUUGACGUAGGCAAGCCCUAGGCAAGUGCUUCGGCCUCCGUACCUUCAUGUCGACAUGAGUGUAGAACAAUUACACCCGCCCUAUGUAGUUUUAGAGAUGAUAAUGACGCUUUUUGUCCGCAAGAAGGGCUGCACGCAGUCCGUCCUGCGAGAUGGCAGAGCCUGUUUUGCGUGUACAAGAAGGGGAUCGAUUGUCAGCAAAAAAGAGCCC